AUGUUCGAAGAUAUUCCUCUUUUACCUGCUGAUGCUUUAUUCGGUAUUAAGCAAAGAUACGGUCAGGAUGAUAGAGCCUUGAAAGUUGAUCUUGGUAUUGGUGCCUAUAGGGAUAAUGAAGGUAAACCAUGGGUUUUACCAUCUGUUAGAAAAGCUGAGAAAUUGAUUCAUGAAGAUCCAGAAUUUAAUCAUGAAUAUUUGGGUAUUACUGGUUUGAAAUCAUUGACCGAUGGUGCUGCAAAAGUUAUUCUUGGGGAAGAUUCUGCUGCUCUGAAGGAGGAUAGGGUAGUUUCUAUUCAAUCAUUGUCUGGUACUGGUGCUUUACAUGUUUCUGCUAAGUUUUUUUCAAAGUUCUGGCCAUCCAAGAAAGUUUACUUGUCAAACCCUACGUGGGCUAACCAUAAGACUAUUUACGAGGUCCAAGGGCUAACAACAUCAGUCUAUUCUUACUGGGAUGCGGCCAGCAAGACUUUGUGCAUCGAUGGGUUUGUUAAUGCCAUCAAGAGCGCCGACGAAGGUUCUAUUUUCGUUCUACACGCUUGUGCACAUAACCCUACUGGUCUUGACCCUACUAAGGAACAAUGGGUGAAAGUCAUCGACGCAUUACGCGAAGGUAAACACAUAGCUCUGUUCGACUCGGCAUACCAAGGUUUUGCCUCCGGUGACUUAGCUAAUGACGCUUACUCCGUUAGAUUAGGUGUUGAGAAAUUGAGUGAAGAACUUCCAAUCUUUAUUUGCCAAUCGUUUGCUAAGAACGUGGGUAUGUAUGGUGAAAGAGUCGGAUGUUUCCACAUCGUUCUACCUUUAAAAGAAACUUCAAAGACACUGGAAGAGACAAAAGCUGCCAUCUCAUCUCAAUUGGCAAGAAUCAUUAGAAGUGAGGUCUCCAACCCUCCUUCCUACGGUGCCAAAAUUGUAGCAAAGAUCUUGAACAACACUGAACUGACUCAACAAUGGCAUGAAGAUAUGGUAACCAUGUCGUCCAGAAUCAACGAGAUGAGAGAACAAUUGAAAAAUCACCUAACAUCAUUGGGGACCCCGGGGACUUGGAAUCACAUAACCGAACAAACCGGUAUGUUCUCCUUCACAGGGUUGACAAAAGAAAUGGUAGCAAGACUAGAGACAAACUAUGGUAUCUAUAUGGUGCCAAACGGUAGAGCAUCCAUCGCAGGGUUAAACACCGGCAACGUCAAGUACGUUGCCACCUCAAUUGAUGAAACAGUACGCCAGUUCUCCACUUAG